AAAAUGUCAAAAAUUUUUGCAUGAUGAGGAACUAAGAAGCCGAACUCACAGCUUGAAACCAUCAAAGAAUCCUACAAAAGAAACAAAUGGAGAUUUGGCCAAGAAGAAUUCAACCAACUUAUCAAAACGUUCCAGAAAUAAUGCAGUGAACUUGAGGCUGUCCCGAUCAAAGUUCCUCGAAAUGUUCGGACUCCUAGGAAUGGAAAGCACAUCAUACAUCUGAGAGAGAAUGUUUGAUUGUAUUGAUAAGGAAAACAAUGAGUGGAUCAGUCUGGAAAACUACCUGAUUUAUAUGGAUGUACUCAUUCAUGGGAAGGAAAAAGAGAAACUUAAACAAUCCUUUGAACUUCUAGACAUCAGGAAAAGAGGAAAAGUAACCUAUAAGGACUUUAUGCAGGUCGCAGUCAGUGUAUCAAGCAUGUGGAGAGCUGCUCUUGGUCAUUCAGUCGAAAUUGACGAGAAAAUAAUCAAAAAUGUGUUUAAUGUCAUAUCAAAUAACAAGAAAUACUUUAAGUGUAAGAACUACGUAAAUGUUGUCAAAAUGAAUCCAGAUCUGAUGUCAUGGCUUACUAAACCUAAAGAAAUAUUGGAUGAUAAACUUGAGAAAAAUGUAUCAUCAAAAGAGAAAAAUUAUAAAACAAGUAUUGUUCAGGAGAUGAUAGAAAAUUCUAAAAAAUUCGCUGAAGAAGUAAUUUCCACUGUUGAAAAGGUCCUAAAGAUCCAGAGAGGACAUAGAUUUACUUACAAAAAGCGAAGCAGGAGUUUUACCUUAAAAGAUGAUGCUGCAAUUAUUGGUAAACAAGAAUCUCUUAAGCUGCAUGAUAUCGGGAAGCAUGAUUUCCCAAUCAGUACUGAGAAGGGCAAGAAGAACACCAAGAGCAUCAAAACAUUCCUCCCAGGAGUUGAACGUAGAACUCUUCGUAAGAAAGAUGAUGUAAACAGAACUGAAACCUCUGAUGAAAUAAGCAUCAUGAAGGCAGGCCCAACCCCAGAAAUCUUCAAGCUUGAAGACUGAGAAGAAGAUCAGAAUGAAGGCGGUGAAGAAGAGGAGAACGAAGGAGGCGAAGAAGAGAAGAAUGAAGGAGGAGAAGAACAAAAACAGGAGUCAGGAAGUUCUAAUCAUGAUGCUAAAGGGUCUACAAAGCGUAAGAAGAAAAAGGUUAAAGCUAAGACAUACAAUGAGAUAAACCAAAGCGAACACUCUCGAAGAUUUGAUGACAGCAGCUUAGAAGUAGACUCUGAAGAAUGUAAAAGUGAUAUUAACCAGAUCACUAAGUCUAAGAGAGGCAAAUCUAGGAGAAGUCUUUAUCAAGAUGAUAAUGAUCAAGAAGAUAAGAUCGGAGACAUUCCUAUGAGCGCUUUUGAAUCAAGCUCCUCUAAUAGUGACGACACAUUUGAGUCAUAUGAGAAUGAUGAAUUAUAUUUAAAAUAUCAGAGAGAAAGAACUCCUAUUAAAAUUGACAAAUUCUCAAAUGAAGAAGCUAAAGGAAAUGCUGCUGAAGAAAUCCUUGCCUCCCUUAGAGACAUCUCCAUAGAAAUAGAUGGAGAUUUUGAAGAUGUAAGACAGAAUGGGCUCUCAAUUGAAGAAAGGCCUGAUCGUCCCAGUCUCUUCAAAAAGAGCGAAGCAGGAAUUAGAUUACAACAAGAUUACUCAAUCGAUGACUUACAAUCAGAGGAUUGAUUUGUCCAAAGGGCUGAGACAAAUCUUCCCCUCCCUCAGAACAUCAAGCUCCUUGAUGAUGCUAAGUCAGUAAAUUCUCCUGAAUGUGAGAAAAUACAGAAAGAAAUACAGGUUACUGAAUCUCUAAGAAACCUUGAGAUGAAAAUGAGGAAUUCAGUAACUGGAAAUUAUGAUCAAUCUAAGCUCCAGCCUUUUCUUCGUGAAUACAUGAAGAACGAGAGUAUCAUCAAGGACUCGAGACUUUUGUUUGAGGACCUCCUCGAGACCUCUCGUAGCUACAUAAAGAAGCUAGAUCAACUCGUCACUGAUGAAGAUGAGAAAGUUAAUGAAGAAGAGAAUAAAGAACUUACGAGGAAAAAUACUAUGAGGAAUAUCCAUCACGGCAAGGAAAAGAGCAGAGUUACCAAAGCCAGAAGGAAAACUGCCAUGGCAAAGACCAUGAAUGUUGUCCACUUUGGUCAUGAAAACUUCAAUUUGGUGUUUAAUAUCAUGCUUGGAGUCCGAAAAGCAAUCGAUUCUGUGAUUAAUUUCCCCAUUUUUGAACUACAAAAAAAGGAUUUCAAGAUUAAAUGAGUUUAUGAAAUAGCUCCAUGGAGAACAACAGAUAGAGAUGAUCUUAAAGCUUGUCGCUUCCUUGAUUAUGCUCCUCAAGUGUUCGAUAGUAUCCGGAAGAAAUUUAAUGUAGAGCGAGAGGAGUAUUCACAAAGCUUAGGUCCUGAUCAAAUUCUAAACAACCUUCUCACAGGAGAUUUUAGUUCCCUCUCAGAACUUUGAUCUAGUGGAAAAAGUGGUUCCUUCUUCUAUUACACAGCUGAUGGUAAAUACAUGCUAAAGACAAUCUCUAAGACGGAAUUCAGGUUCUUCAAGCGUAUCCUGCGUAACUACUAUAACCACAUUGAAAAAUACGACUCAACUCUUAUAACAAGGAUCUACGGUCUUCACAAGAUGAUAUUUUCCAGAAAGACGAGGAGAAGUUCUGUCAAAACUCUCUAUUUCUGCAUCAUGAACAAUGUGUUUCAUACUACGAAGGAGAUCCACAGAAGGUAUGAUCUUAAAGGAAGUACUCAAGGAAGAACAACAAAAUAUGCUAACAAUAUUUUUGAUCCCACAAUUGCUCUUAAGGACAAUGAUAUUGUAGAUGAGGAGAACUACUUUAUCAUCCAAGAAGAUAUGUGUGAAAAGUUCACCAAACAAGUAGAAGCUGAUGUACAGUUCUUCAAGGAAAAUAACAUUAUUGAUUAUAGUCUCCUGAUUGGUAUUCAUGAUAAGAAGGCUGACCCCAACACUGGGAAAAAUUAUGUUAGCAAUCUCUCCAUGAUGUCUGAGUCUGAUGCAGGAACCAGGACUGUACGCGACUACGUGCAGUCUCAUUCUCUACCAUUCUACGAGCAAGAUGAAGGAGGUAUGCAGAAUUUCAAUAAGAAGGAGAUAUAUUUCCUUGGAAUCAUUGAUAUUCUGACAGAAUAUAACACAAAGAAAAAGAUGGAGCACUUCUUUAAAAGACUGAAAUACGGAAACUCCAUUAGCUGUGUACCCCCAGACAGAUAUGCUAAAAGAUUUGAUGAGUUUAUUAACUCCAGAGUUGUGACUCCUCGUCAGUACAAGGUUAUUGCUAAGGACCUCAAGACAAGACCUCCAUUAGGUCUUGUUGAGGAUAUUGAAAAUUACGAAAGACAAUCUUUACUAGUAGGAGAUGAAAUGGAUUCGUACCCAGACGAAGAGGCUAAGGAUAACAGAAGAAAGCAUAUCAAAAAUAAAAGAAUGAUAAGAGAGCUAGACGAAGAAGAUUAAAUCGUACA